AUGAUCAAUGUGUCUCGUCUGACUCGGAUUGCAAGAAUAGGUUUACCCAGUCCCUCAUCACUUAUUUUAAAGGAUAACUCGAGAAUAAUCAGAAAACAUGCUCAGUAUAGUAACAAUAGUAUAAUAAUAACACAUACGUUUUCCAAGAGAUUUUAUUCUCAACAAACUAAAGCAGGAAAGUCAUUUAAUGAUAAAGAGAAAUCAAAUCGAACAAAAAAGUUUUUUAUUAGAUUAGGAUUUGGUUUAUUAAUUCCGUAUACCUGUUAUGCUGUUUUUGUCUCAUUAUCAGCAUUUAGAGAAAUUGGUAUCAGAAACAAAUUAUUAAUCGAUGUAGAGCAUGAUGAUCAAAAUUUUGAAGGCACUUUAUUGAAAUAUUCACCCUUACAGGUUCUAGGACGUUAUGAAAAUCCUUUCCCUGAAUAUAGAAUUCAAACAGUUUAUGAAUUUUUUUUUAAUAGAGUAGUAGAAUUAUUUGAACGUAAUAGAGGUGGGAUUCCUCCAGAUCCUAGACAGAUGGAGAAAUUAAUGCCAGUACAUAAACCGGAAUGGCCUGCAGGAAUAGAAAACACUACUGAGCCAUUGAUUGAGUAUAAGAUAGUACAUCGAGAUUCUGCUGAUUUUCGUGAGGAACGAAAUGAUAGCACGCUUAAAUCGGUCGAGCUCGAAAAUAUUCCAAUAUAUAAUACAUGGUUGGGUCAAUCCUGUAAUUACGUCAUGUAUAAUGGAUUGAAAAUUAUUACGGAUCCAAUUUUCAGUGAGUAUCUGCUUCAUGAAAAUAUUGGCCCUAAGAGAAUUACUGGUAGACCUGCAUUAAUUACAGAGGUUCCUCAGCCAGAUAUAAUUUUAAUAUCACAUAAUCAUCCAGAUCAUCUUGAUAUGUUAAGUUUAGAUCACUGGGCUGCAUCGGACACGCUAUGGAUUGUUCCAAAGGGUAUGGGGAAAUUUAUGAGAAACCAUAAUGUGAAAAAUGUCAUUGAAUUGUCAUGGUGGGAUAAAUGCGAAUUAAGUAAAAAUAAUCAAAAUUAUGAAGUUGCCUGUACACCUGCAAUGCAUUGGUCAGGAAGAUAUGUAUAUGAUACAAAUCAAUCGCUAUGGUGUACAUUUAUGUUUUCUCACAAUGAUAAACCAAUAAUGUUUCAUGGCGGUGAUACAGGUUAUGUGCACGAUUUGUUUAAGAGAAUUGGACAAAGAUAUGGUUAUGGUGUCAGGCUAGCAUUACUGCCUUGUGGACAAUAUUGUCCAGAAUGGCAUCAGAGACCAAGACAUAUUAACCCUACUGAAGUGAUUAAGAUAAUGGAUGAUUUGAAAGCUAAAAAUGUUUUGGGUGUCCAUUGGGGUACUUUCUUAUUAAGUGGAGAAUAUUUUCUUGAACCAAAGGAAAAAUUGGAGCAAUUGGCUGUAUUUGCUGGCAUUAGAGAAAAUUGCUACUGCCCAGAACUAGGUCAAACUAUUAGAUUUGAAUGA